UCCUCGCUUUUUUUACACUAUCAGCAAAGGUUAUCAUUUUCUAAAAUGGCUGAUUCCAGUGAUUUGGAUCGGCAAAUAGAACAACUAAAAAAAUGUGAAAUUAUCAAAGAAGCUGAAGUUAAAGCUCUUUGUGCAAAAGCACGUGAAAUUCUAAUUGAAGAAAGUAAUGUACAAAGAGUUGAUUCCCCAGUUACUGUAUGUGGAGAUAUUCAUGGGCAAUUUUAUGACUUGAAAGAAUUAUUUAAAGUUGGAGGAGAUGUUCCAGAGACAAAUUACCUGUUCAUGGGAGAUUUUGUUGACAGAGGGUUUUAUAGUGUUGAAACAUUCCUUCUUCUUUUGGCAUUAAAAGUUCGUUAUCCAGAUAGGAUUACAUUAAUAAGAGGAAACCACGAGUCUCGACAAAUUACACAAGUUUAUGGUUUCUAUGAUGAAUGCUUACGCAAAUAUGGAAGUAUUACAGUUUGGCGAUAUUGUACUGAAAUAUUUGAUUAUUUAUCUCUCUCUGCAAUAAUUGAUGGAAAAAUAUUUUGUGUUCAUGGUGGAUUAUCUCCAAGUAUUCAAACACUUGAUCAAAUAAGAACUAUAGAUAGAAAACAAGAAGUACCACAUGAUGGUCCAAUGUGUGAUUUACUUUGGUCAGAUCCUGAAGAUACUCAAGGUUGGGGAGUUUCACCCCGUGGAGCAGGUUACCUCUUUGGAAGUGAUGUUGUAGCACAGUUUAAUUCUGCAAAUGAUAUUGAUAUGAUAUGUAGAGCACAUCAAUUAGUUAUGGAAGGAUAUAAAUGGCAUUUUAACGAGACUGUUUUGACUGUUUGGUCGGCACCUAAUUAUUGCUACAGAUGUGGAAAUGUUGCUGCAAUAUUAGAGUUAAAUGAGCUUCUCCAACGAGAUUUUACAAUAUUUGAAGCGGCACCACAAGAAAGUCGAGGAAUACCCAGUAAAAAGCCUCAGGCUGAUUACUUUUUAUAAAAAAAGAAUUAAAAAAUUUAAUUAAAAAUGACUGUA